AUGGCUCCGAUUCUUAUGUUACCAGGCUCUUCUCAGCUUACAACUCUUGUCGCUCGAGAUGUUGCUCUCUUAUCUGAUUUUCGAAAUGGCUUUGACGACAAUCCCGUAUAUCAGAUACUUUUUAUUAUUUUUAUUAUUAUUUUUGGUGCUUUUAUGAUAUACUUACUUUCCCCAGUUUUUGCUCUUUGCGGUGUGUUUAUAGGCGUCAUAUUUUCUAUAUGUUGUGUUGCCUGCAUAAGCUCUUGUAGCUUAUGCUUUGGUAACUCUGGACCUCGUUUCAUCAUUGAAAACACAUAUGAAGACUCAGAGCCAGAAGAAAUUACGUCUCCACUGAUCACAACUGUGACCAGCUAUACUACCGAGGAACCCACCCUUUCCACAAAUACCGCUUAG